AUGGCUCUGCCCCGCCCACAUCAUAGCUCUGCCCCGCCCACAUCAUGGCUCUGCCCCGCCCACAUCAUGGCUCUACUCCGCCCACAUCAUGGCUCUGCCCCGCCCACAUCAUGGCUCUACCCUGCCUACAUCAUAGCUCUGCCCCGCCCACAUCAUGACUCUGCCCCGCCCACAUCAUGGCUCUGCCCCGCCCACAUCAUGGCUCUGCCCCGCCCACAUCAUGGCUCUGCCCCGCCCACAUCAUGGCUCUGCCCCGCCCACAUCAUGGCUCUACUCCGCCCACAUCAUGGCUCUGCCCCGCUCACAUCAUGGCUUUAUUCUGAGUAA